AUGCAUCAAGAAUGUCAUAAUUAUAAUCAUGGAGAUUAUAUCAGUCCGUUCGCGUUCACUCCUCAAAUUUUAUCAAGGUUAAUUGAUCCAAAGGAUAUUAAUUUAUUGAAAAAUAUUGGUGGUGUAGAAGGUUUCUUGAUUGGUUUACACACGAACUCAAAAACUGGUUUGAGUAGCCAUGAAACCACUUUAAACCCAAUUACUAUUAGUGAUGAAAUAGAGGGACGUGAUGAUAAGGAUUCAAAGUCGCAAAAGUCUGUUACUUCACAUCCUGAAAAUAUUCCUUUCUAUCACAGAAUAAGAACAUUUGGUAGAAAUGUUUUGCCAGCAAGGAAACAAAAAUCAAUAUUUCAAUUGAUGUGGAUUGCUAUGCAUGAAAAGAUUAUAAUUCUCUUAGCUAUAGCUGCAGUUAUAUCAUUAAGUCUUGGUCUUUAUGAGGAUUUUGGCAUCAAACAUGAAUCGGAUCAUGAGAAUGAUAAACCGAAAGUUCGUUGGGUUGAAGGCGUAGCAAUUAUUGUAGCAAUUAUUAUUGUGGUAUUAGUAAGUAGUUUAAAUGAUUGGCAGAAACAACGUCAAUUUCAAAAAUUAAAUGCCAAAAAAGAGGAUCGAAAUGUUAAAGUAAUUAGAGACGGCAAAGAAUCUCUUUUGUCAGUACAUGAAGUAUUAGUUGGUGACAUUCUUAAAUUAGAAUCAGGAGAUAUUGUUUCAACAGAUGGAGUAUUGGUUGACGCACAUAAUCUCAAAUGUGAUGAAUCAGCGGCUACAGGUGAAAGUGAUGCAGUGAGAAAGAUGACAUAUGAAGAUUGUCUCAAAGAAUUAGAAAAAAACGAUGAACAAGAACCAUCCCUUCUUCCAAAAAUUGACCCCUUUAUAAUUAGUGGAAGCAAAGUAUUAGAAGGCGUAGGUAGUUAUGUUGUAAGUGCUGUGGGCGUAAAUUCGUAUUUUGGAAAAACGAUGAUGGCAUUACGAACUGAUCCUGAAGAUACACCUCUUCAGAAAAAAUUAAAUCAGCUCGCAGAAAACAUUGCAAAAUUAGGUGGUUCUGCAACUUUAAUUAUGCUAAUGGUCUUAUUGAUCAAAUAUUUUAUCACCUUCCGCUUUGGUGUUCCAGACCUAUCAUCCGUGUUUCAAAGUUUGAUUAGGAUAUUAAUUUCAACUGUGACUUUAUUAGUGGUGGCAAUUCCUGAAGGAUUACCAUUGGCCGUAACUCUCGCUCUUGCUUUUGCAACAACUCGUAUGUUAAAAGAUAAUAAUCUUGUACGUGUUUUGUCAGCUUGUGAGACCAUGGGAAAUGCAACAACUGUUUGUUCAGACAAAACCGGCACAUUAACCCAAAAUAAUAUGUCAGUAGUUGCUGGAACAAUAGGACAAACUUUAAAUUUUGUAAAGGAUCAAGCACGAAUAAAUGAUUUUAAAAGCUCUCACCUUGAAAAUCCUAUUCCACUACAACAACUUAAAGAAAUUCUUUCAUCCGAUAUUAUUAAAUUGUUAGAGGAAUCAAUUGUAAUUAAUUCUACUGCAUUUGAAAGUAUGUCUGAAGAUGGUCAAAUUACUUUUACUGGCUCAAAAACCGAAACCGCAUUAUUAAGUUUUCUAGUCAAUUCGGACCGUAGAAAUUUUAUGGAUUUAAGAAAAAAUGAACCUUUGAAAAUGUUCCCAUUUAGCUCUGAUCGUAAGGCUAUGGGUGUUGUUAUUGAAAAAGAAAAAUCAAAAUGGAGAUUCUAUGUUAAAGGUGCUAGCGAAAUAUUACUCAAAAAAUCAAAAUCGAUUGUCAACCUUGAUCGAUCGGAGGACGGAGAUUCUGAUAAAAUUGAUUUAACAGAAGAAGAUAUCAUCGUAUUACACGAAGUCAUAGAAAAUUAUGCAAAUCAAAGUUUGAGAACAAUUAGCUUGGGAUAUCGUGAUUUCAAUGAAUGGCCUCCCACUGGAAUGGAUGGGGAAGUUUCGUAUGAUGAUUUAAAUAAGGAUAUUACAUUAUUAGGAAUUUUUGGUAUUGAAGAUCCAUUGAGAGAUGGGGUACGUAAAGCAGUAGAAGAUUGUACUAAUGCAGGUGUAAAAGUUCGUAUGAUUACUGGUGAUAAUAUCAUAACAGCUAAAUCUAUUGCUACACAAUGUAGGAUUUAUACUGAUGGUAUUAUUAUGGAAGGUCCCGAAUUUCGAAAAUUAUUACCUAAUGAAAUGGAUACUGUGGUACCUAAUUUACAAGUUUUGGCAAGAUCUAGUCCGGAAGAUAAAAGAAUUUUAGUUGGAAAACUUCGAGAAUUAGGGGAAAUUGUUGCGGUAACAGGUGAUGGUACAAAUGAUGGACCAGCAUUGAAAACAGCAGAUGUAGGAUUUUCUAUGGGUAUAGCGGGUACAGAAGUUGCUAAGGAAGCAUCCUCUAUUAUAUUAAUGGAUGAUAAUUUUUCAAGUAUUGUAAAAGCAAUUAUGUGGGGACGUAGUGUAAAUGAUGCGGUUAAGAAGUUCUUGCAAUUUCAACUUUCAGUGAAUAUAACAGCUGUAUUAUUAACAUUUAUAUCAGCUGUUUCCAAUAAUCAACAAGAAGCAAUUCUAUCAGCAGUACAAUUAUUAUGGGUUAAUUUAAUUAUGAAUACACUCGCUGCUUUAGCAUUGGCCUCUGAUCCACCGACACCAGAUUUAUUAAAACGUAAACCUGAUCCUAGAACUGCAUCAUUGAUUUCUUUAGAAAUGUGGAAAAUGAUUCUUGGCCAAAGUGCAGUUCAAUUGAUAAUUACAUUGGUUUUAUUAUAUAGUGGAAAUGAUAUAUUGGGUUAUACUACACCUGAGGAAACAUCUAGUUUACAAACAAUAAUUUUUAAUACUUUUGUUUUCUUACAAAUAUUUAAUGAAAUAAAUUCUCGUCGACUGAUAACAUUCGGAGGAGCAGCAUUUACUACUCAAAAAUUAAGUAUUACACAGUGGCUAGUAUGUGUUGGUCUUGGAUUCUUAUCUAUACCUGUUGGAAUUAUAAUACGCUUAAUACCUAUUAGAAAUCGUCCACAAACACAAUCCUCUGCUGGAAAAUUAUGGGAUAAUAUCACAAGAUUAAAGAAACGAUUUGGUGACAAAAAAGACAAACAUCAAAAAGGCACCGCCGCGGUUGGACAUUCCGAACCUUCCGAUCAAGAAAAUAUUAAUGUUGUAUGCAACCAGUCAACAAGUGACGAUGAUCGCAUAGAAAUUAUGAUAGAUUAA